GGUCAAGGUAUGUUUUAUUUGUUUCGAAAUCAUCUACUACUGAUAAGUUACUAGUGGAUAUCGAGAACAUCAAAGGUAUACAUAACUACAUGGUGGCUUCAUUAGCAGACAUGCGACGCGCUCUCAAAGUACAUGCGCUCAAUACCGUUCCGCUAGGCUACAGCCUCCGCCUACCUUUAUUUUCCCUGCUCGACGAGGCGGCGCACAAACGGGACACAAUCCAAACGCUGCUAGACGGAGGGAGGUACCUACAUUUGUAUGAGCAGACUGUCGACGACGUGGAUAUCGAACGGCUACUCGAAAACGAGGUCCUCGUCAACAUGGUUAUCGACGUGUUGAUCGGAGGUUGGGACGCCAACUUGGAAGGCCCAAUGGACCGAGUGUUCGCAUCCUGCGGCGCUGCGAUCUAUUGUGUGCUAUAUGCACAUCGCACAGGCCGAUUCACUGACGUGUCAGUGAAUUCGGCCACGUUCGACGAUGCAUACCAAGAUAUCAUGGCGAUCGUUCGAACUAUUCGUGCUUCGGAUGUCUUGAGUGCGAGGUUUGAUGGGGUACAGCAACAGGUUGGCCUCCGAGUGGCCAACCAUUAGCUCAGUAGUACGACGCGCUGAUAAUAAUAAUCUUUCAC